UUUAAGAACAAUUGUUUUAUUUAUUUUUGUUAUAAAUGGAUACAAAUAAUCAUAUGAAUAUGAAUAUAAAGUAUCAAUUAAUAGAUACUCAGAUUAAAUAUAUAUAUUUUUAAUAUAGUUUAAAUUAUGCUAUAUGCCAUAUAAAAUAUAUAAAUACGUUAAUUUCAAAAUGUACAUUGAAAAUGUAUUGAGAUUUGAAUAUUUUAAUUUUGAAAUUUGCAUUGAAUUUUUUAAAAUGAUUAUAAAUUAAUAGAGCUAUUAUAAAUCUCACGAUGGAAAUUUUGUGAUUAAUGGUUUAAAUUUGUUUGUUACAAAAAAUAUAAAAAUAUUAAUAAAAUUAUAUGAAUAGGACUAAGAAGCUUCAAUUAAUAUUCAUAUUAAGAUAUAUUAUAUAUAUACGUUAAUAUCAUUAAAAUUUAAUGAUAUACCAUAUAAAAUAAAUAAAAUGAUUGUUUACAUUUAUUUACUUUGAAUUAUUUGUUGACUCGAGUUUGAUUAUAUACAUAAUUUACUCGCUUUUCAAUUAUUUAGUAUAUUUAUUAUUUUGUAAUAGUAAAUAAACACAAAAUAAAUAAAUAUAUAUAAAAAGAAUUUAUAUGUAUAAUUUUCAUUCGGCUCUCAAUGCACGGAUCUUACCUUAGUACAUACUUAUAAAUAAAAAAAUUUGGCUCAUGACUCAAUUCAAAGCGAAUGAUCUUUGCAAUAAAUCUAAAUUGAAUAAAGAUAUUAACAUAAUUUAAAAAUCAAUAACAAAAAUAAUUAGGUAAGCAAGUGCAUCUCAAAAAAUAAUUAGCUGAAGCACGAGUCAUCGAACUUUCACUUUUGUAAAGGUAGUUAAUAGAUUCACAAUCACUGGGGAAGAAAAGAAAAUUUCAGAAUCAAAACGACGGUAAAAAAAAAAAAAAAAAAUUCAUCCGACAAUUAAGCCGCGAGAAGAAGCUAGAGAGCGCUGCGAGGAACGCAACAGUGCCAGGUUCACAAAUCCCAACGGUAAACUGCAAAAGGCGAAGGAGACACAGAGAGAGUGAGGACUGCUUCCUUCUUUCCAUCCAUGGCUGCUUCUUCCAAUCUCCAUUACAUCCUUCUCUCCUUGUGGUGCUUUUCGUUCCUCUCUACGGCGACAGCAGAAGAUUCUCCGAUCAUCACUCGUAUCGCUUUCGGAUCAUGCGCCAAUCAAAGCGCUCCACAGCCGAUUUGGGAAGCGAUCAACAAGUACGAUCCACAAGUGUUCAUUUGGCUGGGUGACAACAUCUACGGAGACAUCAGAAAACCUAACAGAUUGUUUGGGAAAGAGAGAACCAUUGGGCCGUGGAGGAACUCUCCGAGGUUCGUGCCUUCCUCAGAGGAAGAAAUGAAGGUGAGAUACGCCAAGGCCAAGGCUAACCCUGGCUACUCUCGCCUCCUUAGAAACGCUAGAGUUGUCGGCACUUGGGAUGACCAUGACUACGGUUUGAACGACGCGGGGAAAGAGUUUGAUCGUAAAGCCAUUAACCAGAGACUCAUGCUUGAUUUCUUGGAUGAGCCUCUUGAUAGCCCAAGGAGAAAGCAAGCUGGAGUUUAUGCUUCUUAUACGUUUGGUCCAUCUAACAAGAGAGUCAAGGUUAUAGUUUUGGAUACUAGAUAUCAUAGAGACCCUUUGCGUAGUGACGGGAGUAUCUUGGGUGAUACUCAGUGGGGAUGGCUUGAGGAAGAGUUAAGAGGUCCUCACAGCGAGAUUACUAUCAUAGCUUCCUCUGUUCAGGUAAUAUCAAAUCUUUCGGCUACCACUGGACCACUCUUUUAUAUGGAAUCGUGGGGCCGUUUCCCAAAGGAAAGAAAACGUCUUUUCCAACUUAUAGAUGAUACCAAGAGAAAUGGAGUGAUAUUCAUCAGUGGAGAUGUUCAUUUCGGAGAGAUCACGAGAUACGAUUGUGCUGUUGGUUACCCUUUAUAUGAUGUCACCUCCAGUGGUCUUGUGCAGUCUGUUGAGAAAGUUUUCCCUCGUCCCUUGCGUUUCAUCGUUAGGCUUCUCUUUUGGUAUACACCAAACACGAUGAGAGUUACUAAUGAUAACUGCAGAUAUAAAUCUUGCACUUACGGGCAACAAAAUUUUGGAGCAAUAUCGAUAGAUUGGGAUGCAAAUCCGGCGACCGUAAGGCUCGAGAUCAGAGAUGUUAAUGGACUCACAGCACUAAGCACAAAUGUCUCACUAUCCGAACUCCAACCGCGAGGCUCAAAGUCCUUGACAGAUCCAACGACAAAGGGAAAGUCCCAACGGCAUUGCACCCUUGAAGCUGAGUUGCAAGGAAUAACCAGAUACAGAUUGGCAGUUCUCGUCUACUUCAUCAUUACUGUCUUGGUAAUGGCGUUAGUUGGACUGCUCAUUGGAGUUGUGCUGACCAUAACAGCAUGCGUUUAUAAAUGCAAGGUCGACUGAUUCUUGAUUUUUGUUCCGGUAAAUGCCUUUGCGUUUUUCAUAAUACAACAAAAUGUUUACAUUCUUAUAACUUAAAUUGAUAUUAGCUUAGUCUGUUUCGUGAUUACUUAUUUACUUAAGAGUAGUGGGAUGGUAUGAGCACAUAGCUUUUGAUAUUGAAAUGGGAAUUCAAAGAUUGAUGCUGCUUUUGAUA